AUGUAUCCUAUUGAGAGGUUUCUUAUGCGCUUAAAGGAUUAUGUACGCAAUCGAGCCUAUCCCGAGGGCUCGAUUUCUGAAGGAUAUAUUGCUGAGGAGUGUUUGACAUUUUGCUCGAGAUAUCUCGAAGGUGUUGAAACUGCUCUCAAUCGACCACCAAGGAAUUUUGAUAUUGUAGAGAAUGCAGAAAUUUACAAGUUCUCAUCUGCAGGAAGAGUUUUGGGGACAGUUAAAAGUAUUGUUCUUGACCAAAAAUCAUUAGCACAAGCACAUCGCUAUGUGUUACUUCACAAUGAUAUAAUAUCUGAGUAUCGCAGGGAAUCAAUCACCAGGAAAAUCAAGAAACAGAGGCAUCAGUUGCUUGAGAAAAUUCUCCUUGGAAGCCUGCCGUAUAAAUUUUUCCUUCUUGAGGCAGAUAAACAAGGGAGAGAGAGGUUGACACGGGGUUCCUCUCGAGCACGGGAUGUGUGGCAGCUUCGUGAGGAUGAGAAGAUAGUCGUCGAAUGCAACGAACUAGAGCAGCCCAUCAAGAGGGCUGGAAGCCUUUUAUCAAGUUUCUUAGGAUCAGUUGCGCGUAGGGGUCAGUUGUGUCCGCUCAACUAUCAUAAGUGGAAUGAUAUGCUUCCUUCUUAUAAAGUUGAGCUUCUUAAAUUUGUACAGAAAAAGUUUGUGCUCCCUCCAGAGAGCCAUGAUUGGGUGCUAAAGUCCCUCAACCGCAAAUGGAAAGAAUAUAAGUCGAAGUUGAAGGCCGACUGGAAGCGCGAGGGUAUGACAGAGGAGGAGGUUGCUCGUGUUUGUCCUCCUGAUGUAUACCAUCAUCAGUGGAGGGAGCUUGUUCACUAUUGGUUUUCCGAGAGAGGACAGACAUAUUCUGACAUUGGUCGAGCCGCACGAGCAUCUCAGACAAUUCAUCACACUUCAGGCUCGAAGAGUUAUGCGAGGCUCAGAGUUGAAUUCAUGGAAGACCAUGGGAGGAAACCUGAUGAGGUGGAGUUCUAUAAGAUGACUCACACCCACCGAGAUGGCAGCUUUGUUUGAGAGGAGUCGAGAGAUAUAGUUGACAGAGCUACAUCCCUUAUUUCAGAGCGUAUCGGAGAGUCAUCUUCAAUCGGCAACACCAGAGGUGUCGAAGCUCAGGUGUUUACCGAAUUGAUGGGCUCGGAGCGUUAUGGUCGAGUGAGGGGUUAUGGCGUUGGAGUUACCCCCACUCAGUUGUCUGCAGUGGGUAGAUAUACUCAAGAUGCUAGACAGAGUAGUAGCACUACAGAGGUUAAUGAUCUAAAGGCAGAGAAAAAAGAGUUGAAAGCAGAGCCACCAGAUAGAGAUGCAAUCUUUGAGGGCUCAGAUUAAUCAGAUUACAUCUUUGUUGCAUCAAUUUGUCCCUCCUCAGGUUCCUGAUACUUCAUCUGCACGUAGAGAUGGUGAUGCCAGCGACCCCUGAAGCAUUUAUUUUGGAGUUUUAUAUGUAUUUUUUUAUGCUUUUUGAAGUACAUUGUAAACGUAAAUUGAUAGUAUGAAUGUAAUUUGACAAUAUGAAUGUUUAGAUAAAUAUGUUUGAUUUUGUGUAUA